CUGGUGGCCCACCUCUGCAGUUUUUCUCGCCUCGCGCCGCACAAUGAAGACCCUUUCGAUGGAGUGAUGUCUGGCGAGGAGCAGGGUGCUCAGGCACAGAUAUGUCCACAAUGUGGGGAGUUGGUGCAGAAGGCGAUGAAGGCGCACAAGAAGAAGGACUGCAAGCAGAGGAUGGUCAAUUGCAAGCUCUGCAAGAAGCGUUGCACAGCCGAAGAUCUUCCUGACCAUGAGCGAGUGGAAUGCGAACAUCGCCAAGUGACCUGCCGCCUGUGCAGCUCACUGCUAAAGCAGCGCGAGCUGAACUAUCAUCAACUCUACGAGUGUGAGAAUGGCGAGGUGAUUUGCGAGAAUGAUGGAUGUGGCUGGUCAGGCCUGCGGCACCAAGAGGCGGACCACGAAGUCAAGUGUCCAUUUGCAAAAGUGGUCUGUGCACAUUGCUUGCUUGAAGUCCUUCAAAAGGAGAUGCGGGGGCAUAGCUGCAAAAGAGUGCACCCGCAGACCCAGUGCACCGUCUGUCUGGAAUCCUUUGAGAGCCUGGGUCGGAAGAGCAUUGCACCGGCGAUGCUCAUGAUGGAUGAAAGGCGUUCGUGCCCGCAUGUGCAGAUGUGCAUGCGCUGUGCGCAAAGUUGGACGAGCAGAUCAGCGGAGAAAGGUCACUCUCCGAAUUGUCCCGAGUGCCGGGAAGAGUACAACACGGCCACAGCUUACCCGGAUUAUUUGUUUCAUGUCGCCAGCUCUGACAUUCUCCGGCCACCCUUGCCGCAGCGUGAGAAGAUGACGUCGGGCACUGUCUGGUUCGUCUCCCCCUUGGACAUUCGCUUCACCCAUGAUAGCAUCUCUGAGUGCUUUGCACCCUACACCAAGGAUGGUGUGGAGAUCAAGGAGAGGGAGCAGUUGAAGAUCUUAUCCAGCGCCCAAGAACUCCUCGACACCGCCCAGGAGCCCAAGGCCUUGGAGCUGUUGGAGGUGAUGUGGUACAAGAACCAGUUGUACGUGGCAGGCACCUUUAACCGGCGCUUGUGCAUGUACCGGCUCCUGGCUUUGUUCGCGACCGAGCGCUUUGGUUUGAUCAAGGUACGUGUGAAGCACCAUGAAGACCUCAAGUCCAAGCUAGCCCAGUGCUUCACCACCGAAUGCGAAGGACGCUACGUGUCCAUUCGCUCCAACGAGACCAUCGAUCCACUGCAGGUGGGCCAGACGCCUCAUGAGCUGCACUGGCCAGAAGCCGUGAGGCUAUUAGGAGGCGACACUUGGCGUCCAGAGCUGCCUGCAGGUCUGCAGAGCGAAGGCCCUUGCAACGACGCGAAUGACACCACGAGCUCCAGCGCUGCAAGCAACGUAGCGAGCGUGGUCGCAGUCCCCGUAUCCGCGGAGAGCGAUCGCGUGGUGGCUGCGUUCGCAGACCACCACCAGAUGCCGCUGAAGGAGGUCCGGCAGCUCUUCGCGCAGCUCACCGAGGAACAACGCUGGCUGACCUGCAUGCGCUUCCGACACGACCCCAACAAGAGCGGAGUGCCGCCGAUCAAGCUUCUCCAGAUCUUCGUGAAUUCCUGCAAGACCAAUGGCUUUCGAGAGAGGCAUUCGUUGGACCGCGACCCCGAUGGAUGUUUCGACCAAAUUCUGAAGAAGGCAGAUGUUCAACCUGCACUGCAGCGGGGUCGAAUUCUACCAGGUGCUUCACAUCCUUCGAGCCAGUGCAAUGUUCCACCACGACCACCAUCUCCACCUCCACCUCCUGAAAACCGAAGCACCGUGCCCAACGUCCAAGCAGCCAAAGCACCCAAAGCACCACCGUCCACCUUCCAAGCCUCACAGCCAAACGCCUCCCGACCACCUCUAGCUGCCACCCGCGCGGCCUCCGCGCACGCGGCGCGGGGCCGCUCGCGGCCGCCGGACCGGCGGGUUCCGCCGCCGGUGCCGGCGCCGCCGGCCUCGAGGGAGGUGGCGCGACCACCGGUGGUGCCGGCGCCUCCUGCAUUGAGUGAUUUGGCUGUGGAGUUGAAAGCACGGGUGGAGGUGGUGGAGAAAGAGAAGGAACAGAUGGAAAGAUCUUUACAGGCAGCAUUGGAGAAGAUAACAGAGUUGCAGCAGGAGGUUUUGAAGUUGAAAGAAUCGGAGCAACAUUGGUUAGAAGAGGCGGAAGCUGCUGAAAAGAGGGAGAGGGCGUUGAAGGACCAGCUCAGUCGGGAAACGGAACGUCGUCAGGAGCAAGACCGCACCCUGCAAGUGUUGCAGCUCGCGGAGCGCGAAGGGCCACAACGAAGAAGUCGUUGGGGGAAUCAGCGUCAAACAGAGCCAGUCUCUUCCAGAGAAGAUGAUUCAAUGCAAGAGCCCCCUAAUGCACGUGUACUGAACGCACACGAAGCUGGGUUUCAAGCAGCAGAAGUUUGUGAUGAUGAUCCCUGGCGCAAUUACGACGCGAACUGCAUCCAAUUGAAGCCCUGGGAUCGCGAAGAUGAGGAUGAAGAAACUUCUGGCGGUGAUGAUCGAUGGAAUGACCAUUGCUUCAGUUCUCCGUGCGACACGGAUGUGGCUGUUCACAGCGAUGUGCACCACACCGGCGAUGGAAGCGACACCAUCUCUCAGUUUAUUGAACAUUGGAAGCUCCGGUGGGACGAAACAGAGGAGAUCCUGCACGGAUUGACACCAGAAGAGGUGGACAUGAUCUUGCGACGCUUCAGCAUGGACAAGCAGAUGGGCAAGCGGCCGGAGCCACUGCUGCGAAGCUACGUGGAGUCGUGUCGCCGAAAGGGCUUCCAGAAACACCAUCCCACAGAUGCUCUCGCGGAGUUUGCGGCCGAGUGGAAGAUGCCAUUUCAUCAGGUGCGACAGAUCCUGGAAACGGUCAGCCAUCCGCAGCAGCAGCAGAUGGUCAUGAAGGAGUACUUUUGUUGCUCUCAAGAUGGUACUGAGAAGCGCAUGCAGACCUUGCAGCGUUACGUGACCUGGCAGGCGUUUGCUCAGCAGUGGGAGAUCUCCUUAAGUGAAGUGUCGGAGAACUUUCAGCGCCUCACAGAUGAACAAGCGGAAGUGGUGAUGAAGCGAUUUCGCUUCAACGGCAACUCGACGCAAUGGACUGCUGCUGCUCAGUUGAGAAACUAUGUGAAGACUUGUAUGUGCAGAGGCUUUUGGGGAACUUCCAGCUGAGUGAGUCUCAUGAAACUUUAGACUUUAGAUGUCGCUGUGCAGUGUGCCUGCGCAGUACAUGGAAAAGGCAUGCGAGUGCACUGGGCCUUUUCGUGGGAUGGUGAUAUGUGUUUGCUUCAGGCAGUCGGCAUGUGGUACAGACUGAUCAGUUGGUCCGUGGGGCAACAUAGUAGCUGAACAUGGACCUUAAUCUUUUAUUUCUAGCUGCGGAACCUGUCACUUGUCUCCCAGUAACUGCGACUGCCUUGGUAUCAAGGAGAUUUUCACCAUGAGGAAAUCAAUUGUUCAAGCCACUGCAAUGUUCCACCGCCACCACUUCCACCACCACCUCGCGAAAACCCCACUUCCCAAGCACCCAAAGCACCACCGCCCACCUUCCAAGCCUCACCGCCGGCAUUGAGAGAAAAGGUCUCUCCCUCUCUCGGUUUUAAUCUUCCUGAAGCAAGGGGCCGUCACAAGGCAAACACCUGGGCAGCGACCUAAGUAAUUAAGCGCUUCAAGCAAACCAGAACUGAUGUUCUUGUGGCUUGCAUUGUGUGUUUUUGCUUGGACUCGGCUUCAAGCAAGGCUACCCAAGCUUGCCCAUGUUUCCUCAAUAGAGUACCUUUGGCCUUUCCUCAACCAGGUGAAGCCGUUUCUGCCAUCGGAUUGGUUGAAGAAAAAGGAGUUGAAAACACCACUCCUGGGCUUUCCUGGGCUGAGAGUGUUUUCUACUCAUGCCUGCGUUUCUCAUGCUGUUUCUCAUGCUGCGUUUCUCAUGCUUCACUCACAGCGAUUUUCAGGCGCC